AUGCUAAUUAUGCAUUUACCAAUUUGUUUCUUUUGGCUUGUACAGCGUCAUUUGGUCAAAUGGGACGAGGUCCGCUUGCUCAUGGCGGCCUCGGUGUCAAUUCCAUUCAUAAAAAUGUUGCACUACUUUGUUGAAUGGUGGCACGCUAUUUUCUACUCCCAUUCGGACAGAGCAUGUGUAAUGAGAAACAAAUAUGAUUUAGAGACAAUUGGAUCAUGGGUCUGGAUUGGCAUCACAGGGUGUAAAUCGAUUUCAUGGAUUAAAGCCUUCAAGUGGGUCAAGGAUCGGAGUGAAAACUACGGUGACAGCCACACAGUGUCCAGUCCACUUAGGCAUCUACAACUUCUAAGGGUGAAUUCUCAGUUGGUAGAGUAUACCAUUCGUAGGGGUGAAUACUCGGUAGAGGAUAUCAUUCGUGCUGCUCUCGGUGAAGUGGAAAGCAUUGAUCAUCUGCUUUGGUGUCGCCCUUCCGUCCAACAAUUAUAGCAUACAAUCUGGCAUUCUCCAGAGGUGAUGAAUAUUAGAAGAAAAUCGGUUAAGGGACAUC